AAAAUAUAAGUUGGUAAUUAUUCUUGAUACUCCCCAGUCGGUAGUUGUCAUUCAACAGCAAUUCGUUUUUAAUAAAACAGCAACAAUUGAGGUAGAACAUAAUUCCAAAAAAAGAUGAAUAGCUCCGAUCUAGAUGACCUGGAUCUCUUUCAAGAGGUCACAAUUGAAAACAAUUCCGACGAGGAUAGCGAUAUUGAAGAUUAUUUCUAUACCUGUCACAUUAGACGUUUGCCGCCACCGCAUCGGCGCCAACCACCGACGGAAGAAAAGCCGGUUAAUUUCGAAAACUAUAUUGAAAGUCAUUAUGGCAACUCAAUUAAAAUUUUGGAUCGCAACACAUUUUCUGAGAUCAAACUCCCUGUUAUCAUCGUUUUCAAUCAUUUCCGUGAAAAAUGUUCCCAUCACAGCAAGUGGUUGGAUAUGCUGCACAAGGCCGGUCUACAGUAUAAGGAUCAAAUUGAAUUCAUUGUGGCCGAUAUCUAUGAUAUUGAUAUCAUAUUUCCCAAUCACAAUCCCUUGAAUUUCUUUUGUGCCUCCGAGAAACCGGAAAAAGAAACACCCCACAUAUUUGCCCUGAAUCCAAAGAAACAUUUAUACCAACAUCAAGAUGUCAUGAAUACCACAGAGGAGAAUCUUUUGGAGCUUUGCGAAAAUCUAUUAAAUGGUAGUCUCUAUCCCUCACAACAGCCCAGGAAAGACGAUGGUAAAUUGGUAAAAAUAUGUGUCCAUGAGAAUUAUGAGGAAAUGAUAACUAAAUCUCCCCGAGACAUCUUACUUGUGGUUGCUUGGGAUGACUAUGAAAUAUGUUCGAUGCUUAAAGGAUUAAAUUAUGAAAAGAUGGCCCAAGAAAUACAACAAUACAAUGUUGAUCUUAUCUUCAUAAAUGCCGCCGAAAAUUAUGUACCCAUGGAACUCCGAAAAUUCUCAUAUCCAGUGGAAUAUUUUAUACCUCAUGAAGAUAAACAGUGUUUUAUACACUCCAAAGGUUAUACUACCCCAAGGUCUUUGAUGGCAUUUGUACGGGACAAUUUAACGCCCCAGGGUCAACGUUUAAGGCAACAAGAAGUGGCAGCCAGAAAAUUCCAUCAUUUCAAAUUGCCUGAUAAUCAGAAAAUGGAUUUGGAAUCAUUGGAGGACUAUUUGUUUGCAAAAUAUCCCAAAACCAUGAAAAUAUUUCAUAAUUUACCAACUACGCCUAUGUGUGCUCUAAUAUUUCUAAUGGAUUUCAAAAACAAGGGAAUUGAAUAUUAUCUGUCCUACCUACAAACUAUACAUCAAAUGGCGGCCUCGAAGGCCUUUUAUUCUCUGGAUUUUUAUAUUGGUGAUCUCUGUCAAAUUAAUCAAAUACUACCCCAGUGGUACUGUAAAGAUCUGGAAAUCCACAACAACGGCCAUCGGGAGUUCUUCAUAGCCAUUGACAGACAAAAAUGGAAAUAUAAAUUCGAUGCGAAUGUUCUGAAGUUGCCAUCAGCAUUAUUUUAUUAUACACAAAAAAUCUACCUCUCCACUUUGUUCUAUUCCGAAGCUCCAGAGACUGGGGCGAGGCAAAUGAUAAAAAUGUGUACCGCCCACAAUAUUCGCCAUUUAAUCACCACCUCAAAAAAGGAUAUUUUCCUUACAAUAUACCGCAGUGAUUGUGAACGAUCUUCAAAGGUUUUGGAAUAUCUUGAAGAAAUAGUUGGUCAAGAUAUUAAAGAAAUGGAUAUUCGUUUAAUAAAAAUAGAUGCCAAUCUAAAUUCCAUACCAAUCGAAUAUUCAUGGUCGGAAUAUCCAAUACAUUAUUAUGUUUCCGUUUCGCAUAGAGAUGAGAACACCUGUCGUUAUAGUAUAAGUUUGGAUGUAAGCAAGGAAGAGGUUUUAAGUUUCAUUGCCAAGCAAAAAUAACUGAAAUAAAAAGAAUAAACAAUAAAAUGUGUACUUAUAUAUUUAUUUAAAAGUUGUUUGUUAUACCCUCCACCAAAGUAUGGAGGGUAUAUUAAAUUUGUCAUUCUCGAAAUAUACAUUUUAGACCCCACAAAGUAUAUAUAUUCUUGAUCAGCAUAAAAUUCUAUGUCCGUCUGUGGAAAUCACUCUAGCUUCCGAACGAAAUGAAGUCAGUUGAUAAAAUUUUACUUAAAUGUAUAUUAUG